UUCAUCUCGCGACAUUUUACGAUGUGUGAGUGAAAUCUCGGGAGCUGUAGACUGGAGGAGGAACAAAUAACUUAAAACUCUACACACCGUAUGCAGUGAUUCUGCAACUUUUCACGAGAAAGCACUAUCGAAACUUUGGAUUGAGUUAAAUUAUCUAGAGACGAGAAAUAUUUAAUUUUGUCCUGAUUUUGUUAUUUGCGUAAAGUACAACUGUGCACAGCUUCUGUUAGCCACCCCAGGGCAGAAAGUUGGUUGGUGGUCGGCAGUUGGUUCUGCAGGAAUGUCGCACAAAGAGAGACCCAAGUUUUACCGACAAGAGGUCAACAAGACGAUAUGGGAAGUCCCGGAGCGGUACCAGAACCUGUCCCCGGUAGGCUCUGGCGCCUACGGAUCCGUUUGCUCUGCAUAUGAUAUGAAGACGGGUUUGAAGAUCGCUGUGAAGAAACUGUCUCGUCCAUUUCAGUCCAUCAUCCAUGCCAAAAGAACAUACAGAGAGCUGCGAUUGCUCAAACACAUGAAGCAUGAAAAUGUUAUUGGCCUUUUGGACGUCUUCACCCCUAGUACUUGUUUAAAGGAUUUCACCGAUGUGUAUCUUGUGACUCAUCUAAUGGGGGCCGAUCUCAACAACAUUGUGAAAUGUCAGAAACUCACAGAUGACCAUGUGCAGUUCCUCAUAUACCAGAUCCUCAGAGGAUUAAAGUACAUCCACUCAGCAGACAUCAUUCACAGAGAUUUGAAACCUGGUAACCUGGCAGUGAAUGAAGACUGUGAGCUGAAGAUUUUGGACUUUGGCUUGGCGCGGCACACUGACGAUGAGAUGACCGGCUACGUGGCAACCCGUUGGUACCGUGCCCCUGAGAUCAUGUUGAACUGGAUGCAUUACAAUAUGACUGUGGAUAUUUGGUCAGUGGGGUGUAUUAUGGCAGAACUUCUCACUGGCAGAACUCUGUUUCCUGGCACGGACCACAUUGAUCAGUUGAAGUUAAUCAUGAUGCUCGUCGGAACACCAGGGCCAGAGCUCUUGAUGAAAAUAUCUUCAGAGUCUGCCAGGAAUUAUAUCAGCUCCUUACCCAACAUGCCCAAGAGGAAUUUUGCUGAUGUAUUCAUUGGUGCCAACCCACAAGCUGUGGACCUCCUGGAGAAAAUGUUGGUUCUGGAUACAGACAAGCGGAUUACAGCUGCUGAGGCUCUGGCACACCCUUACUUUUCUCAGUACCACGACCCAGAAGACGAGCCCGAGGCGGAGCCAUAUGACCAGAGCUUUGAAAGCAGAGAGCUGGAGAUCGAUGAGUGGAAACGAUUAACAUACGAGGAAAUGUGUAGUUUUGAGCCGCCUAUCUUUGAUGAAGAUGACAUGGAGUAAUGAGAUGAGCUGCCUGCUUCAGUCACAGCCUUUAAACAAGUGCAUUAGUGUUAAAAUUUCAGGCACACAUCAUAGUUUUUGCCACUUCAGAAAACAUGAUCAGUGUUUAAAGAAAUCAUUAUGAGCACAAAGAAAGUGAGAUCUACAGCAGCAUUUAUUAUCCUAUUAUAUGAACUACUAAUGUUGAUGGUCUCAUGCUGGGAAAUGUCCGCUCUUGCCAAAACCUGAAAUGAUUUUAUUUUCUGCAGAUUUAAAAAAAAAAUUCAGACUUUAAUGACUCAACACUGUGACACUGAGAUGCUGAAACACCUGGACCUAUAGCUGUGCUACUUUGUGUUUUUAAUUUUUCUAUAGAGUAACUUAUGAAUAAGCUUUUGGCUAUCAGUUGAAAAGAAAUAUAUUAGUGUACCGCUCCCCUGGCCAUGCUGUCACAUCCAUCAUUGGGAACUUGUUUUUUUGUUUUUAAUCUGUGGGAUUCUCCUUGUAAUUAAAAAGCUGUAACUUGGUGGGAUUUCUUACAGAAGUAGAUUUAAUGUUUUUGGAAAUUUGACUAAUUCAGAACUUGCCUACUCUGUGUAGUUGUUAAUCCUUGGAUCUUACCAACAAGAUUUCCCAUAUUUCAAUACUUUUUAUUUAAAUAACCUGUUAAACUCUUACACAGAACAAUUUGAGCCUCUACUUGUUAAAGAUGCUUUUUUGAUUAUGUCCGGGGGGUAUUCAUUGGUAUAUGCUCAGCUCAGAAGUAUGUAAAUAUAUGUGCCAUAAUUUUUAAAUCUGACUUUUUGUGGUUAUAAAGCAAUCACUGUUAGCAUAUAUGUGAAAACAUUGUGUGUCUAUUAGUAGUGUUGUUGGUUUACAGAGAUUGUCAUGCUAUUACCUAUUUUAGUGUGUAAAAAAGGGAUUUGUAUUUAUACUGUGUUGGGGUGGUAUUUAUAAGCAACAAUUGAAAGAAUCCCUGAAACUAUUUUCCAGUCCUGCAGGGUAACUGCAAUCUCCAGACCUUUAACAAAAUAAAGACUUAUUUUUAAGAGACUGAAUCACUUAAUGUUCUCAAUUUCAACCCAUUUGUGCCCUCCUUUGGUGAUUUCAUAGAUGAAUGUGAAAAAUAUUACCAUGAUGCCAAUAUUAUCGACAGUU